AUGUCCUACCUCUCCAGAACCCUCGGCAAUCUGCGCAAGAUUGGCUUCAAGGAAUACUGGCAUCAACUCAACUCUGCAGGUGACACCAAGGCCGGUACUCUUGUGGGUGUCGACAAGUUCGGCAACAAGUUCUACGAGAACAUGGAUGAACUUCCCCUCCGCUCCAGAUGGGUUGACUAUGCCAAGCACGACUACGAUGCUGGCCAGAUUGAGCCCUUGUGGCACGCCUGGAUCUCCUACUCUGUCGACACUCCUCCCAACAAGGACCCCAUCACCACCGCCACCGGCAUUGCCAACCGCCCUUGGGCCAACACCGAGCACAUCCCUAACAGGACCUUUACUAGAGCUGCGUUCAAGACAUAUAGCACAACAAAGCCCAAGAUCCAGUCAUGGCAGCCCGUGGCCGCCCCUAGGUAA